AUGGGACUCCAGGGUUUCGUCAACAAAAAGAUCGAAAACCGAAUGGAGAACAAGGCCAAGAAAGCAAUCGAUGGAGUUGUUGGAGGAAGUGACUCUGGUGGGCACGAAGAUGAAGAGGACGAGGUGAGGAUUAUUCAAUUUCAAUAUAUUCACACCAGUGACAUGAAAAAAGCAUGUAGUGGAUCAGAAUGGGUUCCAUUGUCUAGUCAGUAUUAGGUCCUUCCAUCGCGGGUCAUAAUGCUUGCGAAAGUCAUUGGUUCAUCUCAUUCAUGGGCCGCCAAGAAUGAUGAGAUGGACCGAUGACUUUCUAUUCCGCCAUUCCGGGACGUUUCCGGAGUAGUCACUUCCAGAAUCUGGGAUAGUGAAUAUUUUUGUUUUUUGAUUGCGUUGGGUAUGGGAUAUUCCUAGCACAAUCUGGGUGUUUGGAGGGUUGGGCGAGUUGAUCAAUGCGACGACUAUCCACAGCAUCGUUUACAAUUCUAAUCGAGGCCACUUGGGCCUUGCGGGAAGAGGUUUCCCAUGAACAACGUCAUCAACCUUCAUCCAAAAUUCCACGUUUGGGUAUAAAAACACGUUUAUAAAUACACAGUGAUCUCAAGACUAUUAUAUACCGUUUAAGUCAGGUCGUGGGUACUAUUAUUUCACGUGUUAUUUACCUUCCGGAAGUGUCGCUAUUCCGGGAAUGUCGUGUAUUUUUUGGAUUUUUUAUGGUAAUAUGUCUUUUGUUUUAGCGUGGAGAGGAGGGUCGUGGAAGAAAGUUGCUCCGGAAAUUGAGCAAGAAAGUCCGCCGAAGCCAGUCUGAGUCCCCAGAAUCCGCGGAGAAUCGGAAGGCCAAGAAAGGAGCAAAGAAGAAGAAAAAACAGAAGGGGGAAGGUGUCCUGGCCGACGAUGGAGGGGGUUCAGGACCGGAUAUUCAAGUAGGAACAUCGGGAACGGAUACCGGAGGAUCUGUGAAGCCUUCGGAAAGUGGCACGGAAACGCCUAUUGAGUCUGCUGAUACUGGAUCGAGUGGCACGGUAAGUUGUCGUUUACAGUGUGAGAAAAGGGGUGCUGCAGUAUUACAUCUGUAUGUUUCAGAGCUCUGCUGGAAGUGGUGAUGAAAGGAAUUCCCGGGAUGGGUCUGAUUGGCAGACUAAUUCCACGGCCACAGAUCAGUCUGAUGUUGAGGAUCAGAAAAGAAAAUCAACGAAAAAAGAAGAAAAGCGCCUUAGGGAGAUGAGACCGGAUGGAGCGACCGCUUUUAAUCCUAAGGCUCACACAGAGUUUACAGUCCGAGUAAGGGUAAUUGAGGCCAAGGAAUUGCAAGGAGAAGGUCUGAAUCCAUUGGUCCGAGUCAAUUUGGGGUCUAAAACAAGAACAACUAGAUCUAUCAGGGGGACGGACCGUCCAUUUUGGAAUCAGACCCUUGGGUUCACCAUAAAAAGCUGCAUCGAGGACCUGGCGAUGUUGAAUUGCGAGUUUAAUGUAAGCACGAAGUAUUGAUUUUGCAUUUCUUCAGGUAUACUCGGCUCGCCGUUUGAUACGUGAUUCUCUAAUCGGUUCGUUUGGAAUCAAUAUGGGUGUUGUUUAUCAAAGUAAAAAUCAAUCUGUUGUCGAGAAAUGGGUUGCGUUGAUGCCAAGUAGGCAAGAGGAUGAUAAUGGAAUUGGCGCCGCUACAGAGAUUCGGGGAUUCCUCAAAAUCUCCAUCUGCGUAUUCCAUCCCAAUCAGAUCCCUCCAAGUUUGGUGGUCCGAGGAGGUGGAGAUGACGAUACGGAUGUACUGUUUAGAGCUCAGCUUCUCAAUUACUGUCUGAGAGUAAGUGGUUUGAGUUUGUUUGUAUUGCUUUUAGAUCCGGAUUUAUAAGAUUACUCAAUUGGCCGAUCAUAUUCGAUAUCCAUACAAAAAGGACCCCUCAGAAGCUGGACAAAUUGCAGUUGAAGUUGCCGUUGGAGCAUACAAUUGUCUCUCCACCUUCCAAUCCGCCAGUGAUGAGACCAUUUCUUUCGGGGAAGAACUUCAGAUUCCCAUAAUGUGGCCAACUGUCAUCAAGCAGGUACGCAUUGUCGUGUUAAUGAUUAAUAAUGCGUUUAUUUUAGUUGAGAUUCAGAUUAAUUGCCCUGAAUCGUCGACGAAGGAAGAGAGUUUUGUGCACCGAGUUUGUGAACAUGAGGGAUCUCUGUCAGCCAGGAGAGCGGGGAUUUCUUCCCAACUUCGGGCCCGCUUACAUUCCAUUCUUCGGCCCAGAACCCAAUCGGAAAACCUGGAAACCCUGGGAGAAGAAUCAUGUCAGGGAUGGGAAAGUUAUGGGCUCACAGUGAGUGUAAAUAUUUUUUUUGUUCUUUCAUGAUGUAAUAUAAACAUCCUUAUGUUUCAGUUAUUGUGGCCGAGUUUUCUUUGAAUUGAGUUGUGAAGAAUCGGGAGUCCAGAAGACGCACGUCAUCAGCAUCCCCACAGCCAUCGUUCAGAAUGCCGAGAAUUUCUAUCGCCAGGAUAGAUUUACCCUGUUUUGUUCAUUUUUUGCAGCGAACUUGAUUCACUCUGACUUCAAGCAAGUCUGACUAUGAAUGGAUUUAUUUCUAGGUCCAAGAAUGUGAAGUUUUUGGUUUCCAUUGGAGAAUUUGGAAGUCAAGAUUACGGUAAUGUGCUGACAUGUACCAAUCAAACCCUGCCCGUAAUGCCGUCUUACGACACUUCUUGUUUGUACACCAUGCCCUGGGGCAAUCACAAGCCAAUUUGUGAGAUCCUCUGUGAUUGGGAAGAUAUUUCUUGGCGUUUUGAGAUCUCCAAUAUCCUGUAUAAGGUAAUACUGGAAAUUUAUAAUGUUAUGUAACACCCAUCUACAAAACGGUGUUUUUUUAGACAGCCGACCUGCUGUUUGAAGUCCAAGAAGAAGCCCAAAUGAAAUCAGGAUCGAAUCCAGAACAAUCGGAGUUGGCUUCUUUGGUAAUCGAAGCCAUCGAAGAAGCGGCCGAUUGCUUCGAUGUCUUGAAUAGGAUCAUCCGAAAUGUCCAGCAGUCCAACGCAUCGCUUACAGCUCUUGAUAUCCUCCUUCUGAAUGCUCGAGCCGACGCCCUCUACAGAUAUUACAAGACCUUUGCCGACUUCAAAUUCAAUCUCAUUGAUGUGUCUGAUAUGGAAGAGAAUACGAUCAGACAGUUGGGAGUGUUCGCCAAUCAACUCAAGGAGAUUGCCAAUGAUCCUCAGCUUUCUGUCCCCGAUCUCUGUGUUCAUAUGAUCGUGGACAACGCUGUGGUUGGCUAUGCAAGGGUUCCAGUUCAUGAAGUAAGAGCAUUCUUAUGUACAAUGUAAUUGAUCAUUCUCCUUUUAGAUAUAUUACAGUAAGUCCUCACUUCGUUGUGGUCGUUAUUCCGGCAAGAUCCAAGCCGUCCCGCUCAGCUGGCCUACCGCUCAGCUCACUAAAUUCAGAGUAAGUGGUCAUGGAUAAGAUGUGUAAAAGUAUUUAGGGACACGAAUUGCCUGGAGUCAUUCAUAUCAAAGCCUGGUUCGGGAAGACCAAGUACAGAAAGUCAUGGCUCGAAUUGAUCCGGCCCGGCUUUAUGAAAUAUUACGCCGAACUCUUCAUAAAUGAACACCGAUCUGCAUUUUCGUCUAAGUGGAAGCCCACAGAGUAUGGUGAUAAUGUGUUAUUUUGUACAUGUACUCUAUAAUUUUCGCAAUUUCAGGAAGCCGUUUAACAUUUCCGACGAAACGGGGAAGAUUGAACUCUCGGAAACCGCAAUUCAUCCGCCCUCUGGAUGGGAUUUCGAAGGCAAAUGGACUUUAAAAAGAUGUCAUGAUAUGUGGGUCGGGGCUGAUGCUGGACACACUUCCUUCGAGGAUGAGUUUUUCGAAGUCCAACAGAAGAAUACGAUAACCCAGGAGUGGAAAUUUCACAUGUCCACGGGCUUCUACGGGGAUCCUCUGGACAAACACAGCCUCCACGAAGCCCCGCCCGGAUGGGUGUAUGUAACCCAAUGGAACAUCGAUUAUCAUAGUCUGGGAGAUGCUGAAGGAUGGGUGUAUUCGAGUGGGCUGAUGUUCUGGGAUGAACAAAAUGUGGAUACGGUGGAAAGAUUGAGUCAUCGUUAUCGAAGGAGAAGACAUGUGAGGAGGAGGAUUUUUGGGAAAAAGGAUAUUGGAGUCGCCGAGAUGUUUGAAGAUCUCAGAGAGUUUGCUAAAAACCUAGAUGAGGAUGGAUGGGAGGUGAGGAUAACGGGUGCCUGACUGAAUAUGAACUGACUGAAUAUGAAGGACUAAAUAUGAAGGACUGAAUAUGAAAAGGACUGAAUAUGAGCUGACUGAAUAUGAACUGACUGAAUAUGAACUGUGGUGCUGACUGAAUAUGAAAUUUGGCAAAUUUGGUCUGUUUCGAGGACUAUGUAGUACCAAGUGCUAUAAAUGUGUUUUUGGGCUGUACUAAGCACCAAACCAACACCAUUGCCGCCUUACGCCCAAAUUUUCACCUCGUACUAAAUAGUACCAAUUGGUACUGUAUAGUACCAAGUUCUAAAAAUGUGUUUUUGGGCUGUACUAAGCACCAAACCAAUACCAUUACCGGCCAAAUUUUCUCCUCGUACUAAAUAGUACCAGGUAGUACUAUUUAGCACCAAGUGUUAUAAAUGUUUUUUCAAGCAGUACUAGGCACCAAAACAACACCAUUAAUGUCUAAAGGUGUUAUAUGUAAGUCGAAAAAAUUUCAAAAAGAGUCCUUAAUCGAAACCUAGGUAGUAACAGUAACAGAAACCCGGUUUUCAUAUUCAGUCAGUUCAUAUUCGGUCCUUCAUAUUCAGUCAGCACCCCAGUUCAUAUUCAGUCAGUUCAUAUUCAGUCCUUCAUAUUCGGUCCUUUAUAUUCAGUCAGUUCAUAUUCAGUCUCCCUUCGGAGGAUAACAGUGUGCAUAUAAACGAAAUGGCGUCGCUAUAAUCCCCAGAAUUAUAAGAUUUGUUUAGUUUGCCGCGAAGUUUGGAGAGCCAGUCCAUCUCUUGCUACAAUGUGGAGACAAAUUUAGAAGACGAAGGAUGGUCAGAGAACUGGUACCACAGAAAGAAGACUUUCAUUAGUAAGCAAAUUGUCACAAAAACAUGAUUUCUUGUUCAAACUUAUAUAUUAUUUAUCUUUAGCAAACUGGAAAUGGGAGUUGAAGGUAGCAAGGAGGUGGCAGACGACCCCCACUUCCUUUCUCCUCGUAUCUAUGAAGUCCAUGAUCAAGUUAGUGUCUUCCAACUUCGAGUAUAUGUUCUCUGGGCCCGUGAAGUUCAUUCUCCGAAGAAACAUCUAAGUCGAGCCUUCGUUAAGGUCUUCUUCCUUAAUCGAUGUCAACAAACUUAUGUCGUUGAGAAUUCGUUGAAUCCCAUUUGGAACGAAACCCUAAUUUUUAACAAGGUGAGCGUUUUAUUUAGAACUUUAAACGGCUUGAUUUAGAUUUUGAUACCCGGGGGCUCCGCAACCCUCCAAAUGAAUCCUCCUGGAGCUGUGGUUGAAGUCCAUGGAGAAGAAGAGAAUGGGAAGCCGGUGUUCUUGGGAAGGUUUGAUCUGAAGCCGGUUGUCGUCAAUAGCACCACUGAUCCGCGGUCGAGACCUGGGUGGAGACCCUUGAGAUUUCCUAAUAAUAAGAUCAAGUAAGUUAAGCUUUGAUUGCUUUUCUCAUUGGAGAUUCUGUACCUUAAUCUGCAGGGGUGCCUUGUUGUUGCAUAUGGAGCUGUUUCUAAACGAUCCCGCCUUCCAGUCCAUGGUUCCCAUUGUCCCAGCUUACAAACCCAAACUGGAGAACAGAUUUGAAGUCCCAAUUGAUUGCAGGCCUGUGUUUACCAACUUCACUGUCCAAAUUAUGGCUUGGGGGGUUCGAAAUCUGGCGAGACAUCAGUUACUUUCUGUCCGAUCUCCUUUUGUGGAAAUUACGGUAGCCGAUAGAAAGGAUACGACAGACAUUAUCGAGGACACCUCGGUGAAUCCCAACUUUGUGAUGCCAUUGCUCACCUUCAGUGAGGUCCAGAUGCCUGCCGAACUCGGAUUUGCUCCUCCAAUUGUGCUCAAUCUCCACGAUCGAAGAAGCUUUGGCCGUCAGCCUUUGGUCGGCGCCUGUAUUGUCAAGAACUUCCAGAAAUAUAUGAUCUCGCCUCCUCCAGUUGUAAGCGAAUAUUGGUAAUUAUAAAAUAGGUUUAAUUUUAGCAUACCCCUUUAGCUAUGGCUUGGGAAUCGUUCGAUCAGGAAAUGUCACAUGAAUAUAAGAAGCAGAUGGAAGAGAUUCGAACCCUCCGAAAACUUGAGCCUGAGGAAUAUCUGGCUUACCCCGAGGAUCCGAACAGUCCCAAGAUCGAUUGGUGGUCCCGGUAUUAUUUCUCCAAGAACGUCAUCGAAAAGGCCCCAGGGUACAAAGAAUUAAAUCUAGGGAGACUCGCCAUCUACAAGGUCCCGUUGGAAGAUGUCGGCGAAUACAAGGGUUUCGAGGAUUUCCUGGACACCUUCGUCUUCACCAAACCUUAUGCCAACAAAUUAGAUUCCAUUUGUGAUAAGAAGGGGGAACUCAAAGGCAAAUUGUUCAUCACAAAACAUGAUGGAAAGAGCGGCAAGUGUACUGUAGCUUUAUUUUCAUGUUUCUUUAGACGUCCAAUCUACGCCCUCGGGUGUUGAAUUUGAUGGGCCAGUGGAAUGUGUGAUCCGAGUAUAUAUUGUCUCGGCCUAUGAUUUGGUCAGUCGAAGGAGAUCCGGUCUUUGUGAUCCUUACAUCAAUAUCAGAUGUGGGAACAAAAAGAAGUUCAAAGGGUACAAGGAUUACCGUCCGGAAACUCUGGACCCGGUUUUCGGACAAUGUGUUGAAAUGGAGGUAACCAUUCCCCAGGAAAAAGAUCUGACCAUUUCCGUCAUGGAUAAGCGAUUGUUUAUGUCUGGUGAGGCAAUACGAAUGAUGUUCAGUUGUUUUAGAUAAUGAAAUUGGAUCCACCACUAUUGAUCUGGAGAACCGGCUGUUAACCAAAUUCCGAGCCACUGUGGGAAUGCCCAAGGAGUACAAUGUGGUGGGGCCUUUGCCUUGGAAAGAUCAGCUAACUCCGCUUCAGAUUAUGAGAAGGUAGGGGUAGGCAAGUGGUAGUUGUACCGUAAUGUUUAGAUAUUGCCAAAAGAUGAAUUUGCCUCCUCCGAAAAUCCUCCACACGGAUAAAGGAGAUGCCAUCGAAUGGGCUGAUUGCACUUUUUAUGUAUCCGACCUGGAGAAGGAUAAGAUGAAUGAAAACUUUUCUGGACGCCCCAUUCAAUGCUUGGCUCUGAAUAUUCUCCACAAGCUUGGCCUGGUACCAGAACACAUUGAGACACGCCCUUUGUAUCACUCAGUAAAUCCGGAGAUGGAGUGUGGUCAGCUGGAAAUGUUUGUUCAUAUAUUCCCUAAGGUCAUCUCUGAUCGAAUUCCGUCACCAAUUGACAUCUCUCCACGUCAACCACAGCCUUAUCAACUUCGUGUUGUAAUCUGGGGUUUGAGGAAUGUGAUCUUACCAAAGAAAAGCUUUGGAAGACCGGUAAGUGAAGAGGUCUGGUCGUAUAUUUUCGAAUUCACGUUUAGGCUGCUGAUCUUUACGUCCGUUGUUACCUGAAUGGAAUGGAGAAAUCACAAAAGACGGAUAUCCACUUCAGAUGCCUGGAUGGGGCCGCUUCUUUCAAUUGGAGAUUUGUGUUUGAUUUUGAUUACGAUGUGUUCCAAAGACAGAUCCAGGUGUAUAAGAAGAAGAGAUGGUUCAGGAAGAAGUCUUCGGAAUUGGUGGAUCCCUUUUUGAUUAUCCAAAUAUGGGAUAACAACAAGUUCAAGAAGGAUCGAUACAUUGGGCAGGUCCAAUUGGAUCUUCUCGGAUUUGAAGAAGGAUUGUUGGAUGAAGAAGAGAUCGAAGCUGUAGGAUACGAAAAGGAUUCAAAUAAGGGAUGUACUUGCUGCAAAGUCUGCACUAUGGGAUGCAAGCUGUGUUGGAAAACGCGGUGCUGCUCAAGAAGACCCAGCAGAAAGAAGGAGGCCGUCAAAAUGCCUCGAGCACCGGUAAGAGUUGUGGCGUUACUGUUUACAUUGGGAUCCCAGAUUCUUAAAUGGAUGAUUUAGCGUUAUAUUCCUGGGGCUAUGGGAGACAUGUCCUUGUUCCAACAGAGAAGUGCAUCCGGAUUUUGGCCAGCCAUUGCCACGAACCUGCCUACCAAACAGCGCGCAGAGAAUGAAGAGAGAGAAAAGAAACACGAUGUCUCCAAACCAGACGAACAAGGUGACAAUCAAGUGGAUAGCGUGGAAUAUGUAACGGGAUUGGUGGAGAUGGAGAUGACUCUCUUGCCGUUGGAGGAGGCUCUGUCUCACCCUGUCGGAAGGAAGCGGAACAAACCGAAUCACGUAAUGGAUGGUACCUUAAUUGAUUUUUGAUUUAGUCUCCGUUUCUCCCCAAGCCCGAUCGUCCCAAACUCGAUUCCUUCUGGUGUACCUCCAGAGCCAAGGCUAUCUGCCGAAUUUGUUGGCAUAAAACUGGAGGAUGGUCUUGCGUAUGGAUGGUUGUGUGCGCAUUACUGCUGACUCUUCUUAUCGUCGCUACUGUUUAUCAAUUACCCACUAUCACCGCCACCUUCUUCACCACCUGGAUAGUGGGUUGA